AUGAAGGCAUACCAAACUCGUGUGCUGGUGACCCAUGGACUGAGCUACCUGCCCCAGGCCGACCUGAUCCUGGUCCUGGUGGAGGGGCAGAUCACAGAGAUGGGCUCCUACCAGCACCUCAUGGCCACAGAAGGAGCCUUUGCUGAGUUUCUGCGAACAUACGCUGCCGUCGAACACACUGACAGCAAUGAACCUGUGGCAAAUAGUGGAACCAAAGGAGCAGAGAAUGGCACUGUUCUUCUUGGUAGUCAAAGUGUCGACAGUGUGUCCAAACUGUCUCAGACGGGAAACCAGGAACUAAGCAAGGAAGCCAAACACCCCGAGCUGGGCAAACUGACAGAGGCUGACAAGGCCAGCACCGGACAGGUGAAGCUGUCUGUGUUCUGGUCUUAUCUGAAAGCCAUUGGGGUGCUUCUGUCUUGCAUCAGUCUGAUGCUGUUCCUCACCCAUCACCUGCUCUCCCUUUUCUCCAACUACUGGCUGAGCCUGUGGACCGACGACCCCGUGGUGAACGGCACUCAGCCCAACAGAAAGAUGAGACUGGGGGUGUACGGAGCUCUCGGCCUCUCUCAGGGUGUGGCAGUUUUCGGAUAUUCCAUCUCCAUAUCCAUUGGGGGCAUCCUGGCCUCCCGCUGCCUACACAAUUCCAUGCUGUAUGACGUCCUGCGCUCACCUAUAUCUUUCUUUGAGCGAACCCCAAGCGGCAACCUGGUGAACCGCUUUGCCAAGGAGAUGGACACCAUUGACUCAGUGAUCCCCAGCAUUAUUAAGAUGUUCAUGGGCUCCAUGUUAAACGUGUUGGGUUCUUGUGUGAUUAUCCUGAUCGCCACACCGCUGGUAGCUAUCAUAAUUCCUGUUCUCGGCCUGCUCUACUUUUUUGUGCAGAGGUUUUAUGUUGCGUCAUCUCGCCAGCUGAAGCGUCUGGAGUCGGUCAGUCGUUCACCCAUCUUCACCCACUUCAAUGAAACUCUGCUGGGCACCUCUGUCAUCAGAGCCUUUGGUGAACAGGAGCGCUUUAUCUGUGAGAGUGACCUGCGGGUGGACCAUAACCAGAAGGCUUACUAUCCCAGCAUAGUAGCCAACAGGUGGCUGGCUGUUCGCCUGGAGUUUGUAGGAAACUGCAUCGUGUCAUUUUCUGCUUUGCUUGCUGUCAUGGCCAGAGAGAGCCUCAGUCCAGGCAUCAUGGGGUUGGCUAUCUCUUAUGCCCUCCAGCUGACUGCCUCUCUAACCUGGCUGGUGAGGAUGUCCUCUGACGUGGAGACCAACAUAGUGGCUGUGGAGAGAGUGAAAGAGUACAAGGACACAGAGAAGGAGGCAGAGUGGGAACGAGAGACCUCCAGCCUCCCCCUGGGGUGGCCCACUGAGGGCUGCAUUGACAUGAGGGGCCUCUGCCUGCGUUACCGCCAAGAUCUGGACCUCGCCAUUCGCAACAUCACCAUCAACAUCAGCAGCGGAGAGAAGGUGGGGAUUGUAGGGCGCACUGGAGCGGGGAAAUCCUCCCUAAUGCUGGGAUUGUUCCGUAUCAUCGAGGCAGCCGAGGGCCACAUCUUUAUUGAUGGGGUUGACAUUGCUCAGCUGGGCCUCCAUGAGCUUCGCUCCAGAAUCACCAUCAUACCACAGGACCCAGUGCUGUUUUCAGGCUCCCUGAGGAUGAACCUGGAUCCUUUUGACAGCUACUCUGAUGAGGAAGUAUGGAGAGCUCUGGAGUAUUCACAUCUCAAGAGCUUCGUAUCCGGCCUGCCAGACAAACUCAACCAUGAGUGUAGUGAAGGAGGAGAGAACCUCAGUGUAGGUCAGAGGCAGCUGCUGUGUUUGGCCCGAGCUCUGCUGAGGAAGACCAAAAUCCUGGUUUUGGAUGAGGCCACAGCUGCUGUGGACAUGGAGACAGACAACCUGAUCCAGUCCACCAUCCGCUCACAGUUUGACGACUGCACCGUCCUCACCAUCGCUCAUCGCCUCAACACCAUCAUGGACUACUCCAGGGUCCUGGUGUUGGACAAGGGAGAGAUGGCAGAGUUUGACACCCCUUCCAAUCUCAUUGCUCAAAGAGGAGCAUUCUACAAAAUGGCCAAGGACGCCGGGCUGGUGUGAAGCAGGAGUCUCCUCACUCUGUCCAGAAUCGCCUCUGAGCCACCACAGCACCUCUGCCGUCCUGCAAUUAGGUCCUGAAAUAAAGAGGGACAGGGAGAUAAAGUGAGGAGUUGUUCUACACUUUGGAACAACUGUGUUUGACUAUUAAAGCAAGGGUGUUAAUGAAAACAAGGGUUUUAGUUGGACCUGCUCCAAAACUGCUGGUGUUGGUAAGCAAUACUGAAGUCAGAAGACGACAUCAAGUAUGUUGUCUUGUAAAUACAAAAUCAUAUAGUGCCAAAGACUGCCUUCAAACAUCCCAGUUGUUUUCAAAUGCAGAUGUCCCAGUUCCAUAAUAUAUAGUUCGAACGUACAACAUUUCCUCCAUAUUAAUCGUUUGGACUAUGCUGUUUUUUACAGUACUACUUUACAGUUUCAUGCUAACAGUACCACCUGUAACCUGCACUCAGUGUAACGGAUAAGGCAGGCAUUAUCAUAUCGUUUCUUAUUUGAAAGAAAAUAUAAAACAUCCAAGAGCUUAUCUGUUAAGCAGGUGUCGUAGCUCGUAGGGCACAUUAAAGUUGACUCAAAUUAAUUUAUAAUUAGCAGCGAGUAGAACUGGGACUCAGCUGAUUCUUGGACCUUAUAGCUACCAAAGCUAGCUGAAAUAAGGCAAUGCACUUAUUUCUUAUAGUUGAAUGUAACAUCAGUUGGAGGGAUUCUUCUGAGAGAGAGGAGUGUUUUGCGGUUGUCUUAUUUUCAGAGCAUAAACGAUGUGGCUGUGUGAGGAGCAACACAAGGUGUGCCAACUGAUGUGUCAGAAACAAUAGUUGCGCUGAUGAUGUGACAGGAAGGGAAGGCUUGUGACAUUGAACAUCAUCGCAUAAAACACAACAAUGCAAAAACUCUGGGAAACUUUUAGAUAGAUAACACUGACUGUUACUUUACAUCCACCACUCCUUGUAUUUAUUGUGUGUUUGUGUUUAAUUUAACAGCUUUAAAUGUAUGUGUUCAUGCAAGUGGCUGAUAAGGUCAGAGACUUAUUUUAGGUGAAUUCUAAUGAGGUGACAUUGUACUGAAUGUACACAAAAUGAAUGCUUAUAAUCUCUUAAUGUUCAUUUUGUCAUUUUAUGUACCCAUUAUAAAUAUUUGUAUUGUGACUGACAGCAGUUUAGAAGUUGAUUCGACAGGGUUUUUUUACAUUGCUGUUUUGAUGAUAGUAAGUUACUGCGUUAUUUUGACCGUUUUGAUAAGAUGCUGACAUGGAAAAAAUAAAUUCCCAGUUUAGAGUGUGCACGAGGUAGCAGUUUAAUGCUCUGAGAAGCUCUGGUUACAGUAAAAAUAAAACAUUCAAGUUCAGGUCAAUGAAUCUUACAAAUACACAGCAGAAGUAAUGAUGUAAGUGCAUUGAGCUACUGUACUGUAUAUUGUUAUGAUGUAUCACUAUGAAGACGUUACUGCUUUGCACUGCUGUCAUUAAAAGAACAUUACCUUGAAAAACAAAUUCCUCCCUUCCUGAUUCCAUUUUGAAACGUGGAACUACAUUUGUAUGUUAUUAUGGCAAAGCCAACUUACAUACAAGACAUAAUGUAGGGUGCAAAUCUAAGAGGCUAUGCCAGUUAUAGAGCCCUUUGUUUCUAAUAGGAACUGAAAACCAUAUGAAUAAUGUUUGCACUCACUUCAUUGUCACUGUAAUAACUUGAUCUAAUGUUUUCAAUUCAGAGGAAAAUAAUCCUGAAAUUAAUUAAGACUCAUCUUAAAAGUUUGCCAUAGUGUGCACAUACUGUAUAGUCUCAUGCUGUGUGUGAAUCCAAUGCAAUAAAUAAUAUUUUUCCUCCAUUGACUAGAUUCCCAUAGUCACUGGUGGUUAGGCUGGUUUGUUAGUGUGAGGCUCCUGGAUGAUGACUGUUACCAAGUCAUGAUUGUGGCAUUGUGAAUGUAGUAUGUGGGAACAUUUGGAGCCACCUAUGGGAUCUGUGUCAUUCUAUAGUCUUGGCUGUAAAAGUUAUGCUUCUGGUGAGCAUUUUUGUUUUACAUAUGUAUGAUUAAAGGAGUACAUUAAAAGUUU